CGCAGCGGUCUCUGGUUGCCCUGUCCAGCUUUCAGAUCCUCUCUUGGUCUCGCUCUCGCCUAUAAUCACACGCACACGCACAAAAUGGUCAGAACAUGCUACCAGCGGGAGCUCAGCUUCUUAAGACGUCGGGCAGGCCAGCCAUUAGAGCAGAGGAGUCUUCAGCCACCGUACCGGCCAUGGCCUCCGGCAGCGAGCAGCGAGAGCAAGCAGUAGCCCUGCUCGACCACCCUCCCGCCGAGGGAUUUCUGUCGCAGGGAGCGGCAGAGGCGUACACCACCGACGGGUCUCUCGACUUGGACGGCAACCCGGCGCUGAAGCAGCGCACGGGUGGAUGGCGCGCUUGCCGCACACUUCUCGGCAUGUUUGUUCCAAACCAGGUCUCCCUUCAUGACCGCUAUAUUGAAGACUUCAGCAACCCUAGCCGUGAUCCAGAUCAGAACACAUAUGCUCUGCCUCCUUGCAUACAACCACCGUCGUUCUUCUCAUCCAUGCUGGUUCCCACAAUCCAACCGCAUGCACGGUUGCGCGGAAGAGCAAUAUGCGUGCAGUAUAUUUUCCAUUCAUUUUCACUUAUUGAUGGGGAUGUGCAGCUAUUGAAUUCUGCUACAACCUAUCGAUCAAUGGGAUCACGUGCAACCUCAUCACGUACCUCACCGUCUUCCUGGGCAUGGGCAAUGUUGCGGCUGCAAGAAGUGUCUCCACCUGGCAGGCAACAAGCUCCGUCAUCCCACUGGCCGGCGCCAUCUUGGCCGACUCCUACUGGGGAAGGUACCGCACCAUGGUCAUCUCCUUCUCCACCUUCGCGGUGGGGAUGAUCCUGACAGCUCUCUCGGCGUACCUGCCGUUGCUCGUCAAGAACGGCAUAUCGAACGUGGUGUCGGUUCAGGAGUCCAUCCUCUUUCUGGGCCUUUACAUUAUCGCAGUCGGAGUAGGCGGUCUCCGGCCAUGCCUGAUGUCCUUUGGUGCCGACCAGUUCGACGACGGCGACCCGCUGGAGCGCAGGGCGAAAGGCCCCUUCUUCAACUGGUACGUGUUCACCAUGUACUGCGGGUCGACGAUAGCAAGCACCGGCAUCGUGUGGGUUCAGGACCACUACGGCUGGGCACUGGGCCCGACGAUCCUGGCAGCGGUCCUCGCCGGCGGGCUCUCCUGCCUGGUUGCGACAUCGCGCAAGUACAGGUUUCAGCCAACCCGUGGCAGCCCACUCACCGGAGUGUGCCAGGUCGUCGUUGCCGCCGUCAGAAACUUCAACGUCCAGUUGCCGUCCGAUAGCUCUCUCCUCUACGAGCUGCCAGAGGACAAUCCUGUGAUGAAGGGAUUUGAGAGGAUAGAGCACACUACCGAUCUUCAAUUCUUUGACAAGGCAGCCAUUGUCGCGCCGUCGAACAAGGAGGUGGAGGAGGCAGACGCGCCGGCGUUGCGCGGUCCAUGGAGGCUCUGUGCCGUGACGCAGGUGGAGGAGCUCAAGAUCCUCGUGAGGAUGCUGCCGCUCUUGGCCACCAUCGUGUUCUUCUACGCCGUGGCGGCACAGGUCCCGUCAACUUUCGUGGAGCAGGGCAUGGCGAUGGACACCACCGUCGGCUCGGCGCGCAUCCCGUCCGCGUCCAUGUCCACCUUCAACGUGCUCACCAUCGUCGUCCUGAUCCCGCUCUACGACCGGGUGUUCGUGCCGGUGGCCAGGCGGCUCACCGGGAGGGAGAACGGCAUCUCGGGGCUGCAGAGGAUUGGCGCCGGCCUCGCCAUGCCGGUGCUCAGCAUGGGCGCCGCGGCGUUUCUCGAGACGGCACGCCUCCGCGCGGCAAAGGCGUCUCCGCGGGCGCCGAAUGGGACCAGCGUGUUGUGGCAGGUGCCACAGUACGCGCUGGAGGGCGUGGGCCAGGUGCUCACCACCGUCGGGCAGUUCAGCUUCUUCUACAGCCAGGCGCCGCCCGCGAUGAAGACAGUAUGCACGGCGCUCGGGCUCCUCUCGAUAACAGCCGGGGAGUACCUGAGCUCGCUCCUGCUGACGGCCGUGCAGUGGGCGACGGCGACCGGCGGCGCGCCGGGGUGGAUCCCCGACGACCUCAACGAGGGGCACUUGGAUCGCUUCUUCUGGAUGAUGGCCGGACUGGGCUGCCUCAAUCUGAUGGCUUUUGUGAGCUGCGCCAUGAGGUACAAAUCAAGGAAGGCUAAAUGCCAACGAUGUGGCAGCAAUUUCGUCGAUAAUCGUUAGCCAUGUUCACCAAUAUGAAGACAGCUUGACGUAUAGAACGAUUCACAUUCGUACAGAAGAGGGAAAUUGGAUCAUCAACUUUGGCUAGAGUUUCCGCCGCUCGAAA